UUUGUUGACAAUUAGGAAGACAACUUGUCACAAUGACUCCCAGAAGCUAACUUACCGUCUAUGGAGUUCUGAUUGAGCUGUACAAUGAGCUCGGAUCUGGAGCACAUGUCUCUCAAGUCUACCGGGAACUCGGUGGGCUCGGGUGGACGCGCACUGUCGGUAAACGUGAGAAAGCUGCACAAUGCUCUCAACAUUCUUCUUAACGAUUACGAAAGAGAACAGUUCAUUCACUGUUUGAAUGUGUACCAUGCAAAACGCAAUGUUUUUGACUUGGUUCAGACCCUAAAAGUUAUUCUAAACACAACUAGCAAACGGCAACUGCUACCAAUGUUACGCAUGGUUAUUCCGCGUUCCGACCAACUGUUGUUCGACCAGUACACUUCCGAAGGUCUAUACUUGAAAACAGAUUUGCUUUCUGCCACCGGCAACCAUGAAAGCUCGGAAGAAAUGAGCAAUACAACCCACGUCCGAGUGCCUUCUGCGCACUGUCCCUAUCCACCCGAGCAGCCUAUUCCCAGCCACGCGACUCUGCGAGCGUCCCCGGCUAAUUUCAGCACCACAGCGGAUGGGACAGUUCCCAACGUCUCCAAUAUGGGGAGACUGUACCUGCCCGAAUUGGCUUCCGAGAUUCGCCAAGUUACGCUGAAACGCAGCAAAAGUAACGAGGGCUUGGGGUUCAGCAUCCGUGGAGGAUCCGAACACGGUGUCGGAAUCUAUGUUUCCUUGGUGGAACCUGGAUCCUUUGCCGAAAGGGAGGGACUAAGGAUUGGAGACCAGAUACUGACAGUCAAUGACAUGGUAUUCGACAGAGUUACGCAUGGAGAGGCUGUCAAGGUUCUGAAGGGCUUUAAGAAGCUGGCCAUGUCCGUGUGCUCGAUGGGCCGCAUCCCCGGCGGCUACGUGACCAAUCACGUCUACACAUGGGUGGACCCGCAGGGCCGCAGUGUGUCCCCGCCGCCCGAGUUCCAGGAGCCGCCCGGGGCCCCGGGGAGACACUCCACACAGCAGCAGCUGCCCCAGCCACCCCCAGAGAAGAGGGUAAAUGUGAACAUGGAGGACGGACGCCCCCUCGGCCUGAUGAUCCGCGGCGGCGCUGAGUACGGCCUGGGCAUCUACAUCACAGGAGUGGACCGGGGCUCUGCUGCCGAGUACGCUGGCCUCAAGGUGGGGGAUCAGAUCUUGGAGGUGAACGCCCGCUGCUUCCGCACCAUCCCUCACGACGAGGCUGUGCUCAUCCUCCGCAGUGCCCAGCAGCUACAGGUGGCUGCCCGAGAGGUGGGCCGCCUACCGCACGCCCGCACCAUCGUGGAUGAGACACGCUGGAUCCCCAGCGGUCAGAUCGCCGAGACCUCGGCCGGCUUCAGCCUUGCCAUACCUGGGCUCCCAGUGGACAGUGGAGUGUUGACCCCAGGAAAGCCAUUGGUGGGGCAGCUCCACCCUUCACUAGAGGAGCAGGCGGUGCUGCUGCUGACGGAGCAGGAGAGGCAGACCCUGGCCUACUACCUCCAGGAGUACCGCGAGGGCCACAUCACCGUGGAGGCUCUGGCCAUGGCCCUGUUUGAGCUCUUCAACACGCACGCCAAGUUCUCCCUGUUGCCUGAGGUGCGUAGCCGGCUGGCCCCUCAGGAUGUGGAGCGCUUUGACCUGCUGGCGCUGCGGAGGGACAUGGACCUCUGGAACGCCCGGCAGUUGCUCAUGAUGGCCGUGCCUCAGUCAGAGCUGACCUGUCCCCCCAUCCACCCACAGCACCACACCCUCGCAGGCUGCUACGUCAAGAGCGAGUCCAAAGUGGAGGGUGGUCUGUCCCGAGGGGCCCACGAGAUGUUUAAUAGCCUGCCCGACAUUGCACUGGACGAAGUCCACUCCUCCUCUGAAUCGCCACCCCCCUUCAAACCCUCCCCUCCCCCCAACAAGCACGGCAGUCCCAAGGGCCGCUCCAAGCGUCCGGCUUCGUCCUCCAGGCUCUCGCAGCUCUUCUGCGCUCCGCACAGGAUGCAGCAACGUGACAGCCACAGUGCCCACGGCCACACCGUCCACACCCCCAAUGCCCACGCACACACCCAUGCCCAGGGUGCUCCCGGCCAGCCUCACGCGCACCCGCACGCACACCCGAACCCGCAGCCUCCCUCAUGCUCUCACCACCACCACCCUCAACCCCCCCCCUGCCCUACCCACCGUCCCCCCAACACGCCACCCCUUGGGUCACGCAACGCCUCUCCCCUCCCCAUGCACCCGGCCUCCCCCCUCACCAUCUCCGUCUCGCCCGGGCCCAGCAGGGAGCCGGCCAGCGUCCACUUCUGCCUAGGGGCCAUCAGGAUGCUUCAGCAGCAACAGCAGCAGCAGCAGCAGCAGCAGCAUCAACAUCAACAGCAGGGGCCGGUCAGUCUCUCCCCACACAGCCAGUCACCCAUUCUGCCCAGGAUGUCCGGCAGCCCGGCCCUCUCUCCCCGCUCCUUGUCACCAUCGAUGUCCCCAUCGUUCCCGGUGCCGGCCGCUCCUCAUCCCAGCCCAGAGAGGCCGGGGCUGGGGCCGGGGCAAGGCCAGGGGCCGGGGUCGUCGCCAGUGGCCUCCUGUAGUACACAGACGGACAGGCUGCACCCAGAGCCGGACAGAGGGCCCCCUCAGGCCAGAGCAGGAGCCACCCUGUCCCAGCUCUCCGAUAGUGGCCAGACCCUGAGUGAGGACAGCGGGGUCGACAUCCCAGAGUCUGGGGGCCUGAGUAAGGACAGCAGCCCGCGGCCUGGCAAGCCCCCAUCCCAUCCCUCGACGGAGCAUCCGGGGGCUGACCGGGCUGCCGCCCAGCCGUCCCCAACGCCAAUUGUAAUGGCGGAGCCGUCUUUGGUGAGGGUGGAAAAGAGUGCCAACACGCUGGGCAUCGCUAUUGAAGGAGGUGCCAACACUAGACAACCCAUGCCACGCAUUGUGACAAUCCAGAAGGGCGGCUCGGCACACAACAGCGGUCAGCUGCGUGUGGGUCAGGUGAUCCUGGAGGUGAACGGCGUGUCGCUGCAGGGCAUGGAGCACCGCGACGCGGCGCGUCUCAUCGCCGAGGCCUUCAAGACCAAAGAGAAGGACCACAUCGAUUUCCUCAUCACCGAGUUCAACACCGCCCUCUAGCUGUCAGGAGGACCACUAGCCGGCAUCAGGGGGACGCAUAGAAAGACGGAAAGGUUUGUGGACAUCAGCCAUUGCCAAGGGUGUCCACACUGUAUAGCACCUGCACUACGCGUGUCUCCCUCCCAUUCAGAGGCUCCCUGUCUGUUGUCUCACGCCACCCUCCUACUGUCCCCUGGUGCUUCUCAUAAAAUGAUGGGACCAUGCGAGAAAGAGUUCAGAUGUGACAUACCAACAUUUGAUGAUUGAGUGAUUCCCUGCAGCAGGAAGAGUCUGACUAGUCUCACCAUGCUUCACACGAGAACUGAAAGAACUCAUGUUUUCAGGGUUUCGGCAAGGAACUAUGCCAUCAUUUCUCUUCAAGGAACUAUGCCAUCAUUUCUCUUCAAGGGCACCUCAAAGUCAUCCUGCCUGUCUCCCUCUCCUUGUCCCUGGUGUUCCAGUAUGACCACAUCCAGUCCCGUGCUCAAGGCACACGUGGAUGAAACACGCACACCUACACACACACACACACACACACACACCACACACACACACACACACACACACAACACACACACACACACACACCACACACACACACCACACACACCACACACACACACACACACACACACACACAGAAGUACUAUCACUAAUAGUUCUUGGUACUACAUUUCCUCCUGUUACAGGUGAUUGUCAGUUCCUCCAGCCAUACAAUACACUGCUGCUCACGACCUUGAGAUGACUUUAUUUUGAAUUUCCUCAAUAUGCCAUCCACACAGCCACAGGCAUCCUUUAAGUAAUAUGUGUGCAAGGUUGUGUGCUUACUAUGGAGGAUUCUCAGUAGACACUAUGAAAUAUGGCAAUAUGUUGUAAAAGUGAGACUUAAAUCCAUGUAUAAUUUAUUUAUUUAUUGAAUUCCAUACACUGAACUGUCAUAAAGCCUCUUAUUGAUUUUGUUUAUACCCCAUGCAGUAGUUUAAAAAGUAGGUAUUUUUGUAAAGAUGAAAUGGAAAGCUGGUUACAUAAGGGGAUUGCUAAAGAGCAUUGUGCCACAGAUGAGAUUUUCCGAGGGAGAAGGAGAAGUUUGCACUUUGAAACGACUGAACUGAUGCAGAAAUCUGAAGACGCCAGCAGGGAGGUUUAUCCAACCGUGUAUCAUUAUCAGAGGACCGGGAACAUCCUGCACGUAUUCUAUGUGUGCCAUGAUGUGUGUGUAUGUAUAUGACUGUACUGGCACAGGCGUGUGUGUGUGUGUGUGUGUGUGUGUGUGUGUGUGUGUGUAAAAGAGGGGGGUGCAGAGAGAGAGAGAGAGAGUGUGUGUGUGUCUGCUUGGAUGCAUACUUCAUGGCUUUCUGGUAAGCUUCAAGGGCUAGCCAGCUCAACCUGUUUGGAACGGAGAGGGAUCUCCAUGGUAACAGCAGCAGGCCCAGAGCAGUUUUUUAAAUGUUUAUGCUGCAUGUACCGUGAGCUAUGUGUGUGAUUUGAUGGCCAAUGAUGGAGGCGAACACACAGGCUAUGAAGCCUCAUGCCCCUGUGUAAUUCCUCACACAAAUACCAAACAAAUUGGAGAUAUUUUGUCACCUUCCGCAGCGAAGGCAGUACAGUCAGUGGCUUUAAAUCCUCAACCUUCCAUCCUUACCUGUACCUUAACUCAAACCCUUGCCUUAACCCAAAGUACAAAUUAUGUCAUAUCUGUCUUUAAAUGUCGAUGUAUGAGAGAUAGUGCACUACAGUAAAGGUUUACCAUAAAGUCUAUUUUGAGUCACUAUUAACCACACAUAAAGUUGGUAUUUUUUGAAAUGAGGAAGGUGUAACAAUGUGUAUUACAAUGCACGAAUCCACAUGAUACUUAUAUAUAAAUAUAUGGAUGGAUAUUUAUUAGACUAAGGUGUACAUAUAUGUUUAUAUAUCAAUCACAUUUGUAUAGAUAUGCUUUAUAAGGAACAUGUACAGUGAUUAUAAAACAUUUAAAUGAGAUGCGGGGAUGAAUCAGCCCUCGUCUCCGUAGCUUUUCUGCGUGGUCGUAGAUGUUGGUCCUUGUGCUAAUGACACCUCAGCCCACUCCCUUGGAGCUGCAAGUCAAAUUUACAUUCUAGCUACAUAUUCCACAGCCUCGCAGGCUGCCUGAUGAUUUAUUUCACUCAAAUGCCAUUCAUUAAAUCGCCUUUCUGCAAACUGUGCGCAUGGGUAUUAAGUGGUUUCAGCUUCGUCCCGUUGAAAAGUGGGAGAAAACAAUGAACUUUGAUCUUUCGAUGACUGAUCAUGGAACAGAUCGACAUAGCCAGCACAAUGCGGUUUAUGGACUUUGCUGUGGAACCAUUGCUGUAUUUCAAUUUGAUUUAUGCACUGCGACAGCCACUGAAGAAUUCCCGUCCAAAUUAGCGUCUGAGAGUAGUUAGUGCACAAACACCAUUCACUGUGUACCUAAAGUACCACUGACUCAUAAAAUGACUGAGGAUGG